GCCAUGGCCAGUUCUGCUUACACGGUUUUUUAAUACACGCAUGCACACUUAUGGACACAGGCACUCACGUAUGAACACGCACCUACCCCCACACACACAUACACACACACACACACACACAGCUGAUACUGGCUCUGAAAGAUUCCAGGUGCACAGGGGGACUCGGCUGUUGUGACAGUCUUCCUGAAUGAGGAUUGGAUUCACUAUGUCUGGCCAUCUGGGUAUCUUGAUUCUCGCUCUUGCUGUGGGGGCUCAGGAUUUUCCCUCAGGCCCACAGGGCUGUACUGAGGGCAGUUGUUACCCGGCAACAGGCAAUCUCCUCAUUGGCAGAGCCAUCAACCUGACUGCCACUUCCACCUGUGGCCUGCAGGGUCUUGAACAGUACUGCAUCGUCAGUCACCUGCAGGAGUCGGACAAGUGUUUUGUAUGUGACUCGCGAAGGCCUUAUGACCAUCACAGCCAUCGAGUGGAGAACGUCAUCUACCUGAAGGACAGCUAUGGAGAAUUCACCUGGUGGCAGUCAGUAAAUGGUGAAGAGAGUGUGAGCCUAAGGUUGAAUCUUGAGGCGGAGUUCCACUUUACUCACCUUAUCAUGAAGUUUAAGACCUUCCGGCCUGCUGCCAUGUUGAUAGAGCGCUCUGCGGAUUUUGGACGCUCCUGGAAGCCCUACCGCUACUUCUCUUACAACUGCACAAAGAUGUUCCCUGGAGUGCCGGCCCACGCCCUGAGACUCAUCGAUGAUGUCAUCUGUGAGGAGCGCUACUCUGACAUUGAGCCAUCCACGCUGGGGGAGGUCAUUUAUAAAGUGCUUGAUCCUUCCAUCGAUGUGAAAGACCCCUAUAGUCUUCAUAUUCAAGAGCUGCUCCGGAUCACCAACCUGCGGAUUAACUUCACCAAGCUGCACACGCUGGGGGACAACCUGCUGGACCGGCGGACGGACGUCCUGCAGAAGUACUACUACUCUCUGUACGAGCUGGUGGUGCGCGGCAGCUGCUUCUGCUACGGCCACGCCUCCGAGUGUGCCCCCGUGCCUGGCAUCACCAUCAGGGAGGCCGGCAUGAUCCAUGGCCGCUGUGUGUGCAAGCACAACACUGAGGGGCUCAACUGCGAGCGCUGCCGAAACUUCCACAACGACCUGCCCUGGAGGCCGGCCGAGUCACAUGACUCUCACACCUGCAGGGAAUGUAACUGCAAUGGGCACUCCGGCCAGUGCCACUUCGACAUGGCGGUGUACCUGGCCACAGGGAAUGUGAGUGGCGGGGUCUGUGAUGACUGUCUCCACAACACCAUGGGCCGCAACUGUGAGAUGUGCAAGCCCUUCUACUACCAGGACCCAGCCAGGGACAUCCGGGACCCUGCUGCCUGUGUUUUCUGUGACUGUGACCCGGUGGGGUCUCUUGAGCGGGGCGUAUGUGACGGCCACACCGACCCGGACAUGGGCAUGAUCGCGGGCCAGUGCCGCUGCAAGCAGAACGUAAGGGGCACCCGCUGUGACUACUGCAAGGAGGGCUUCUUUGGACUCAGCCAAAACGACCCCCUGGGCUGCCAAGCCUGCAACUGUGAUCCUCGUGGGAUUAUAAUGAUGGGAUCGCCGUGCGAUCAGAUCAGCGGAGACUGCUCCUGCAAGAGAUAUGUUACAGGCCGACACUGCAACCAGUGCCUGCCACAGUACUGGGGACUUAGCAAUGACGUCUCAGGCUGCCGACCCUGUGACUGUGACUUUGGGGGAGCCUAUAGCAGCAGGUGCAUGAUGGACAACGGACAGUGCGACUGUCGGCUGCACCUUAUUGGGCGACAGUGCGCUGAUGUCCAGCCAGGAUACUUCUGUGCCCCGCUGGACUUCUACACCUAUGAGGCAGAGGAUGCUGUAGGCCACUCCCCUGAUGACCAUACUCUACCGGGACGAGCAAGACCCCAGGCACAGACGGACUGUGUUCAGCACCUGAACAACCAGCUUAGAAGGCACAAACGUCACCGCCGAAUCGCUGCUGCCCAACAGCAGAGGGCAGCACUAAGGCGUAUACGUCAGCUGCAGGAGACACCAGAUGUAAAGAGAGUCAACAGGGAACAGUCUCCUGGUCAGAUGGUCACCUGGACUGGCCCCGGGUUUGCCCGGGUCAAGGACGGAGCGGGGCUCGUCUUCACCAUCAACAACAUCCCCUACGCCAUGGAGUAUGACAUCAUGAUUCGAUAUGAGCCUGAGUCUACAGAGGACUGGGAGGCCAUCGUCAGCAUCACCUCACUGCAGCUGCCCACCAGCUCCCGCUGUGGAAACGUGCUGCCUACUGAGCAGAUGUACACGGUCAUUCUGUCCCACCACAGGAGAUACAUUCAGAUGCCCCGGCCGUUCUGCUUUGAGCCCAGCAAUCAGUACAUCGUAGCCAUUCGCUUCCAGCGCCAUGGGGUCUCCCAAAGACACCUGACAGCUUUCAUCCUGAUAGACUCUCUGGUGCUGAUCCCCAAGUACACAGAGUUGCCUGGUUUCCAGGGCAACGAGCCUGUGGCUGAGCAUCGGCGUGAGGAGAUGCUGCGCUACAUGUGCCUGGACUCCUUCUUGACCACGCCCAUGCCCGCACUGGCUGAGAUGUGCACCAAGCUCAUCUGCAGCAUCUCUGCCACCCUCCAUGAUGGAGCCCUGCCCUGCCUCUGUGACCCUCAGGGCUCACUCAGUGCUGAAUGUAACAGGGUCGGGGGUCAGUGCCAGUGUAAACCCAAUGUGAUUGGCCGGCGCUGUGACCAGUGCGCACCUGGAACAUAUGGCUUCGGACCGUACGGCUGCACUGCCUGUGAGUGCCACUCCCAUGGGUCCCUGAGCCACCAGUGUGACCCUGUGACGGGCCAGUGCCCGUGCCGCCAGGGCGCUUCGGGACGCCAGUGCGCCGACUGCCAGGUGGGCCAGUGGGGCUUCCCCAACUGCCAGCGCUGCCAAUGCAACGGGCAUGCGGAGCUGUGCGAUCCUCAGACGGGCACCUGUCAGGGGUGCAGGGACUACACUACUGGGCAAGGCUGUGACAGAUGUGUGGACGGUUUCUAUGGAAACCCCGUGCUGGGGUCCGGAGAGCACUGCCGCCCCUGUCCCUGCCCGGGGCACCUGGGGAGCGGGCACUUGAAUGGGGACACCUGCCACGCCGACCACAACUCCAACCAGAUAGUGUGCCACUGUAGACAGGGGUAUGCAGGCCCUCGCUGUGACCGCUGCGCCCCUGGGUAUUUCGGGGACCCAGAGAGGCCGGGCGGAGAGUGCCGGAGGUGUGAAUGCAACGACAACAUCGACCCCCGGGACCCCGAGUCAUGUGACCCUCGGACAGGCCAGUGCUUAAAGUGCCUGUACAACACCCACGGCCGUUCCUGCUCUGAAUGCAAGCUGGGUUACUACGGCAACGCGCUAGUGCAGAACUGCAGGCGGUGUACAUGCGUGACAGCGGGAACUCUCCAGCCUUACUGCGACGGGGAGAUCUGCCGCUGCGACGCUCGGACUGGGGCCUGCCCGUGUCGGCCUAAUGUGGUGGGGCACAACUGCGACCAGUGUGCGGACUACCACUGGAACUUUGGAACAGAGCGAGGCUGUGAGCCGUGUGGCUGCCACGCCCAACACUCCAAUGGACCCCACUGCAACAUGUUCAGUGGCCAGUGCCAGUGCCAUCCGGGGUUUGGAGGGAGGGUGUGUUCUGAGUGUGAGCAGCACCACUGGGGAAACCCACAGGUCCAGUGCCACGAAUGCAAGUGUGACCCGCUGGGCUCGGAGACGCUGCAGUGCGACCAUGUGACGGGGGAGUGCAAGUGCAGGGAGGGGGCGACGGGGUGGCACUGCAACGAGUGCUCCCGCGGUUUCACCGGCACGUUCCCCAAGUGCGUGCCCUGCCACCCCUGCUUCACCCAGUGGGAUGAAAUCGCCUGCGAGCUGUGGAACGAACUGGACCGUAUCAACCAGACUGUCCAUAGGAUCCUGCAGAGUGGGGUCGUCCCCGGCUCCAGCGACAAGAGAAUCAGGGCUCUGGAGGAAAAACUGGCCCUUAUUAAGGACCUGAUCCAAAAUGGAGACACGGAGAAGGUCUACAAUCUGAUCGUCCAAGCCACUGACGACCUGAGGGCGGAGAUUGCGCUGACUGACGGGCGGCUGAUGGCGAUCGCGCAGGAGCUGAACGACACGGCGCAGAAGGACCGGGGACUGCAGCGGAACCUCACCCAGGCGGAGCAGCAGCUCAGGGACCUGAACGCGACGCUGGCCCAGCUUCGCCGGCAGCUGGAGAACUACCUCAGCGCCGGCUUCGAGGAACAGCUUGACCACGUCCGUAAGUACUACCGGGAGUCUCAGGAUGCCGAGCGGAAAUGCAACGCCUCCGUGUCCGGUCCCGACAGCCCGGUGGGGCAGUCGCAGAAGAUGCGGAAGGAGGCCGAGGACCUGCUCAAGAGCAGACGAGACAAGUUCCAGCGCACCAUGGCGGCUCAGAAAAAAUCCCUGGCAGAGCUGGACAGUAAAGCCAAAGAGCUGGGCAGGAAGGUGGACCAAGUGAGCGACAAGGUGUGCGGUGGCCAUGCGAACGCAAGCACCAACGGCAGCUGCCCGGACAGCCUCUGCGGGGGCGCUGGUUGUCGUGACGACAGGGGGCAGAGGCUGUGCGGUGGGGAGGGGUGCGAUGGAGCCGUGAGCACAUCUGCUCGAGCCCUGAAACUGGCCAAGGAGGCCGCUGGCAACAUCAGCACAGCCAGCGAGGAACUGCAGAGAGUCGCAAAGAAGCUCCAGGACAUUGAGAUGCUGACUCAGAAUGUGAAGACACAAGCCAUGGGUACCCUGGAGAAGGCACAGAAGAAGAAGGAUAUCUUCGAAAAGUCCAACAAUCAGCUCAAAGAUUUCAUCCAGAAGAUCAAAGACUUCUUGACAGAGGAGGGAGCAGACCCAGAGAGCAUUGAGAAGGUGGCCCAGCAGGUGCUGGCCAUCUCCCUGCCAGUCAACAACAGCAUGUUGGCACGCUUGGUGCAGGAGAUCCGGGAUAGCAUAGCAAACCUCACUGAUGUGGAGAGUAUCUUCAACAGCACCUCCCUCCAGCUCCAAAAAGCCAAGGAACUGCUCAACAAUGCCCUGGAUGCCAAGAAACAGGCUGAAGGGGUAAAGGACAUUGCAAACCAGACAAAGCUGGCACUGGACACCGCACAGAAAGCCAUCACCAUGGCAGAGAAGGCCUUGAAAGAUGCCAAAAAGAGCAUCAACAGCACUCGUCAUGCCACAUCUUUGGUAGAGAACAAACUUGUGGAUAUGGAAAACAAGCAAAUGGAUGCCAUGAUGCGACUGGCCAACCUUUCAAAGGAGAUAGAGUCACUGAGGAAUAAGACAGAGCAGAACAGAGAGAUGGCACAGGAUGCCAAGGACAAGUCUGAUAAUGCCACCAAGGCUGCCAUGGGACUGGACCAGGAGCUCAAGGAUGCAGAGGCAAAAUACAAGGAACUCCAGGAUAAAGUGGACAGCCUAGGAGAGGGGGCACAGGGUCUGGGUGAAGUGGGCAAGAGGGCAAAAGAGAUCAAGAAGCAAGCCGAGGACCUACUGAUGAAAGCUACCAAGGGAAUGGAGAUGUUACACAAACUAGAGAAGAAGUUCAAGCAGAAUGAGAGGACAAUGAAUGCCCAGAGGCUGAAGCUGGCCGAGCUGGAACAGAAUGUCACCAGCGUGCGAGACGUCUUACGCGAGAGCGCCAAGCGAUACAGCACCUGCCAGUGAAGCAGCUCCCGCUCUCCUGAGCCUCUCAAACCGCAGCCGGAGAGGAAGCAUCCAUAGUCCUCUGACCCUGCAGGUUCGCCCUCCAAAGGGACAUUCUGUGUACCUGUGCCUAAAAACAGCUCCUCUCGUCAUUUUUAGCAUUACUGUACAUCGGCACCCUUGUACCGUAUGUGGUAUUUAUUAAAUUUACCAUGCCUGUAAAUGGGCAAAACAUUUUUUUUUUGUUAUUGUAUGAAUUCAGGAGAAAAACUCAUCAAUUGGAUAUCAGCUUCUAUAUGCAGAACAGCCAUAUGCCCGUCCUCAGCAAAUGUCCAUUCAAAACCACUUUCUCAUAUCGGAGACACAAGUAAAUACUGUAUAGCAUGAAGAUUUGGUAUUUUUGGGCUGAACAGCUUUCUGUUUCUCCCAUGCUGACAUUAUUUUCAAACAAUGGGAAACCCAGUCUUUAACAUUUCUGGAAAAACACAGGCACUGUAGCACCUAAAAUGCAAUCCUAUCUAUCAACAGGUUUCAUGAAGAAUAAUGCAGUUUGACUCAAGAGACUGAACUAUAGAAAUUAGCAUCUUGGAGGAUGUCUAAUUAUUGAAUUUUCAUAAACCAAAAGUGAAUAAUAAUUAUGCAUAUAAGCUAUGAAAUUGUUAUUGACAUAGACAACUAUGGAAAAUGGAAAAAAUAAAUAUACAUUUGAUAUAA